AUGUCCGCAGAUGAUUUUGGUGUCCUUGCGAUAGUCCUGCCAAACCCUCAAUACGACUCUGCCCGCAGCCCAUAUAUUGUUAAUGGAACCGUUGGCUUUAGACUCCAGGGAUCGAUCCGGACGCUCUCCCCAAACAAUCCCGAAAACUACGACCCCAUCGAUGGUGUGCUCUACGUCCCCGAACUCCCGGCCUCCAGCCCAUGCGACAAUGCGACCAGAGCUCUGAUACCUUCCAACGUGACGACUCGCGCCGAUGUUCCUGAAGGGAAAUCACACUUGAUUGGUUUUGCGCCAUGGACAGGGCGAGAGUGUGUCCUCUCGUACCUCUCGGUGAUGCGAGAUGACGGAGUCCAUGGAGCCAUGUUUUAUCGUCCGGACGACAUUCACGACAGCUCGCGGCCUCCUCCCGUAAGCGACCCCAGGUGGAGUCUACAAGAUGGCGGUCAGUGGAAGACGGCCAACCCCUUUCCGGUUUAUGCGGUUCCGGGAAUGCUGGGUGACCUCUUGCUCGAUGAACUUGCGAAAUACUCUGGGAAUAUGUCCGAAUUGCCUCAUGGCGAAGAGCUCGUCCAGAUGUACGACCCCCACGACACCAUCAGGCUAUGGACAAGAGUGGAUAUAGGCUCCUCCAGCGGCAUACCUUCGUUGUGGGUUUUCUUGAUCAUUGUUUUGGCGAUUCUGCUCACCGUGGUCUUGGUCACGUCCAUAAUUAUGCACGUCAUCCAACGGAAACAGCGCAGUCGUCUUCAGCGCAGGGUAGCGAAUGGGGAGGUCGACCUUGAAGCAUUGGGAAUCAAGAGGCUCAACGUACCUCAGGACGUGUUGGACAAGAUGCCUCAGUAUAUCUACACGUCUAAGACGGAACCAGCAGCCCAGGUCAAUCAAAGUCAAGGAGAGACAUCCGUCGACCAAGGAGACAACACGACGAGCGCUUCAGGUGCCACGCCUAGACCGGGAGUUCGAGAAGUGCAUUUCAGCCAACCGACCUGUCCGAUCUGUCUCGACGACUUUGUGCACGGAGAAACCACCGUUCGGGAACUUCCGUGCAACCACAUCUUUCAUCCGGAGUGUAUUGACCCUUUCCUGAGGGACAACAGUUCGUUAUGUCCCAUGUGCAAGAAGUCUGCUCUGCCAGCCGGCUAUUGUCCAGUGCAGGUGACCAAUCUCAUGGUCCGAAGAGAAAGAUUGAUCCGGAGGACAAGAAUGCGCCGCGCACCUGAGCAGCAGCCGUCCACAACCUCCUCCGGCGGUAGUGUGUCUGCCCCCCUUGCAGCAUUGAAUCAGAGGAUCCGAAGGCUUUCCAUGCCCUUGGCAUCGAGACACAGGACAGAUCCUUACGGAAGUGCCGGAGGCGGUCAUAUAGCAGGCUCGGAGAUGCACCCAAUGCAAGACAAUGGGGAAACACCCGCGCAGCACGAUGAUGAGAUGCCUCAUGAAGUCCGAACGCAGGGCGUCGCUGCCCGGCGCGCAUGGCGGCGGGAACGCCUUGCGCGACAACAAACUCACAAUUAUAAUGAACAGGCAAACGAGGCCCGGACAUUGGAUGUUUCGAGGCCGUUAUGGCGCCGAGUCCUCGGCCGAGUGAUCCCCACUCUUGAAUGA